CAACACUGACUUCCCUUCUUUUCGAAUUUUCUCGUAUUGACGCCAACAUGGGUUUCGCUACUCUCUGGUACUCGCAUCCCCGCAAAUACGGCCAAGGCUCCCGAUCCUGCCGUGCCUGCUCCAACCGCCACGGUCUGAUCCGCAAGUACGGCCUGAACAUCUGCCGUCAGUGCUUCAGGGAAUACGCCAACGACAUUGGCUUCAAGAAGCUGGACUAAAUGCCCACUUCGAAAUUAGGCACGCUUCGGGCGUGUCGCCAAACCACAUUCAGCAUAUUAAUAUAAGUAAUCGCCCGCAAAUGGGGGAAGGCUUAUAUUAAUAUGCCGGCAACAGCAACAACAGUAGCAGCAACAACCAUAAUCAUUUGGGGAUUUAAGCGACGAUACAGCUGAAAACGUGUGCAGAACUCUCACAUCUGGAUCCAAUUCCAAAGAAAAUAAAUCAUCAUUUGUUUACAAACGAAAAAGCCAGCACAGCUCACACGAUUCUAACAGUCAUCACCUUCUGGGAAGGAUCAUUGUUAAAAUAGUAGUUUGUUUAAAUCUCCGCCUGAUUAAACCUAUAACAAGAAACGUAAA